AAAGAGAGAGAGAAAGAGAAAGAGAAGAAUCUACAUAAAGCUAGCAAAUUAGCAUUAGAAGUCAAGUCAAUUUAUUAACUAGAAGACGAUGAUCAAGUUCAGGUCAAAGAAGUACUUCUGCAGAAGCAGCUCCAAGCUGAGCAGAAAUGAUAGUGGCGGUAAGCUUAAAGGAGGUGACCAAAAGGAGUCAUGUGGAGGCAAUAUUACUGAAAUCAAAUGGGAGCUUCGACCGGGUGGAAUGCUUGUCCAAAGGAGAGAGACUUGUCAAAGCGUUGGGGAAGGAUUGAUCACCAUUAGAGUCUCAACUGUGUCACAAUGGCAUGACAUUUCUAUUGAAGCCACUUCCACAUUUGGGGAAUUGAAGGUGAUUUUGUCAUUGAUGACGGGUUUGGAGCCAAAAGAACAAAGGUUAUUGUUCAAAGGGAAAGAGAGAGAUGACAAUGAAUACUUACACAUGGUUGGGGUUAGAGACAAGGACAAGGUGCUAUUGCUACAAGAUCCAGCUAUUAAGGAAAUGAAGCUUGUCAGCUUCGCCGGAGGACAACCUAUUCGCAACUCUCGUCCUACCAUUAGUGUAUGAUUAGGCUACUUAAUUAAAAAAUAUAUAUAUUAAUGUUCAGUACUAACCACUAGAAAAUUGAAAAAAAAAAAAAAGGACUACUUAAUUAAAUAUGGUGUUCAUCAAUCGUGGAUCCCUUCUUGUUCACUCGGCUAGAUUAGCGACUUAAUGUGUCACUUUGUGUCGGUCCAGGAAAUUAAAAAAAGUGUGUACGCUGAUUCAUAUGCGCGUCAUUUUGCUUAAUUUACAUCUGUUUUAUGAAGAUGUUGAUUCCAUGUAAUGUAUAUCUUUAAUGCUUCCUUUUGGCCAAAGAAAAAAAAGUUAU